AAGGGAAAAGACGAAAUUGGAAAAGAAAAGAGAAUCUUGUAAAGUUCAAUGCUUUUGCAUUGGCGCGUACAUUCUCUUCUCUACAUGCCUUUUUUCCUAUACUAAGAUUACCAGUUCAAAUCCCACCAUAACUAAUUAUACUACCCCUUUAAUUUUCUUUAUGAACUUUUCUGGUACAAAUUAAAAUAGAAAUAAUCAAAAAUAAAAAAUCAUUCAACAAAUCCAAAUUUCUCUCUCUAAUUCUUCACUGUACUCUCAACAACAUCACUCACUUCCCCCCAUAAAUUUCUCCAACCUUCAACAAUUCAAACUUUUUCCCUUUUUCCGAAUAUAUUCCUCCGAAUUAUCCGCUUCCAACUCUUCAACUUCUUUAUUUUGACUGAAUUUAUCAACAAUUGUUUCACAAAAAUUGAAGAAAAACGAAAGAAAAUGGGUAGUGGAAAACAGCGUUGGAAAAUCUCCAUCUACAAAUCAUCUUCAACAACAAGCAAGCCCGAGACCCGGCCCACAAAACCUCCAGCUGAAUUCAUUUGUCCGAUUUCCGGGUCACUGAUGGCUGACCCGGUAAUCGUCUCAACGGGACAAACUUUCGAGCGAGCUUGCAUUACUGCGUGCCUAACUCUCGGGUAUAACCCAACUCUAAAUGACGGUUCUGUCCCUGAUUUUUCAAUGGUAAUCCCGAAUUUAGCCUUGAAAUCCUCCAUUGUCAACUGGGCUAAAACCUCUCUCUCAUCUCCACUAACACCCCUUGAAGUUUCUGACGCUGUGAAGCUUCUAAAGGCGUCAAUGGCAGGCUCCGGUGAGCUUAUUGGGCGGGUGGGUUCAAACCCGGGUUUGAAUGUUUUUGAACACGCUGAUAGCGAGUUGACUCGGAGGAGACAGAUUAGGUUCGACUCGGGCGAGUCACUAUCGGGGUCGUUUAGGAAGACGCCAUUGGUGCUAGCUACUCGACCGAGUUGUUACUCAUCAUGUUCGUCUAGUUCGGAGUUAGAAUUGGACAAGGCGGGCACAUGUGAGGAUGAUGCAUAUGCCGCCAAACUUAGGAGCUCGCAUGUGUACGAGCAGGAGGAAGGUUUGAUUGGGUUGAGGAAGAUCACUAGAAGUAGUGUGGACUCCCGUGUUGUGUUAUGCACUCCGCGCCUUCUGUCUGCGCUUCGCUCUUUGAUCACCUCUAAGUACACUGACGUUCAGGUGAACUCUGUAGCAGCAUUGGUCAACUUAUCCCUAGAAAAGGUGAACAAAGUAAAGAUUGUACGGGCAGGAUUUGUUUCCCCUCUCAUUGAUGUCUUAAGGGGGAAAUUCCCCGAGGCUCAGGAACAUGCAUGCGGUGCACUCUUCAGCUUAGCUCUUGAUGAUGGGAACAAAACUGCUAUAGGAGUUCUUGGUGCAUUACAGCCGUUAGUCCACAUGCUGAUGAGAUCAGAAAGUGAACGAGCCAGGCAUGACGCUGCAUUAGCUUUGUACCAUCUUUCACUGGUUCAGAGCAACAGGAUAAAACUGGUUAAACUUGGGUCAGUCCAACUACUACUCGGAAUGGUCAAGUCGGAUCAAAUGCCAGGACAGGCCUUGCUAAUAUUAUGCAACUUGGGGGCAUGUAACGAGGGGAGGGCUGCUAUGCUAGACGCUGGUGCAGUGGUGUUCUUGGUAGAGUUGCUUAAGAAAGGAGAGUUUGACUCUGAAUCAACUCAAGAGAGCUGUGUUGCCGUACUUUAUGCGUUGAGUCAUGGUGGAGGUUUGAGAUUCCGAGGAUUGGCUAAGGCAGCUGGGGCAAUGGAAGUGCUUAAGGAUGUAACAGAAUGGAACAGUCGGGAACGGGCUAAGGAGAAGGCAAGACGGGUUUUGGAGUUGUUAAAAGCAAAGGAAGAAGAGGAGGAAGAAGUAGAUUGGGAGAAGGUGCUCGAGUUCGGAUUCCCAAGUCGAACCAUAACUCGACCAGCAGGCCAAUCGUGCAGGAAUUCUACUGAGUUUUGACAGAUUGUGUUGUUGGUUGUGUUUAUAAUUAUUCAAUGGUUUUUGCAAUCCUUCUCGGUGUUUUGCUAUUUUGAUUUAAUCUAAUUCUUAGCUGUAAAUAAUGGUUAAUGUAAACAGUACAGAAAUGGAAUUAAGAUGAUGAUGAUCCCACGAGGUAUGUUUAUGUAAAGUAAUCGGGUCUCUGAAGGCCUUAUUUUGAUUC